AUGGAUCAAUUAACCCAAUUUGAAUUAUUUUUGUUAAUAUUUCAAGUUGUCAAUAGUCUAUGGAUCAUUUAUUAGACAACAAUUAUAAAGUACUCUUAGAUUAUGAUAAAUUAUUUAGGAAAUUGAAAUAAUAAUAUUCCGCUAAAAACACAUCAUAUCAAUAUUCGGCCCUAGGUAUUAAUAUUAAAAUAUUUUAAAUUAGAAACAGUAGAAUAAGGACAAGAUGAAGAGUCAUUGUUAUAAUUUAAUAACAUAGGAAAUGUUAGUUCUGAUGACCAAAAUUUUUAAGGCCUUUAACAUGUAAUUUGAUUUAAUAUUUAAAGCUUAAUGGAAAGUUAAUUUAAAAGAAGGUAAAUUCAAACAGUUUUGAAGCAGAGCAAGAAAAUGAAACAAAAUAGUUGUCUAAUAAUUUAAAAGAACUAGAAUAAAAUUACAAUCUCUAAAUUUAAAAUUUAGUUUAAGAGUAAAAGAACAUAUAAACAUAAUUCUCAGAUGUAAAAUAAUUAUAUAUUAUUAUAGCUACAAACUUAAUUCUAAUAACUUAGAAUGUUUUUUGAAGGCAAGAUUACAGAAUAAAUAUAAAUAUAUUCAUAAACUUCAUCUAAACUAGAAUAACUAGAUGAUUUAUCAUAACAUUUUCAAACUUAAAUAAGUCUAGUAAAAUAGGAGUAAACUAAAGAGAUAAUCAAUUUAAAUGAAAAACUGGCUGAAUUUACUUUAACCAUAUAAAAAAGUGUAAAUGAUAAUGCUGAUUAGAUUAAUGUUCUACAAGAAAAUAUAUAAGCAUAACAACAAUAAUUAUUAUUAUAAUAGUAAUAAUAAUAAUCAUCUUAAUCAUAAAACUUAUUAGAAACUGAGAAAUAAUAAUAACAAUAAUAAUAACAAUAAUAAUAACAAAUUGAAAUAAAUUCUGUUAAUACCCCAACAAUAUCUGGACAUAAUGGUUCUUCAAAAGCAGGAUUAACAAGACAGAAUUAGGAAAUAGGAUAAUUAAAGAAAUAGUCCACAUAUAAAAAGGUAUUAAAAACUUUAUAUUUUUAAAAAGAUAACCAAACCAUGAUG